AUGGCUCGUUACGACCCAUUCUCGCCUACGCUCGAGCAGCAUCCUCUGCUAAACAGCAGCCCUGACUUCACUUCGAGAAAUGGCUCGGUCAGAAAUGGCCUGCCACCUGGACUGCCGAUUGGAGGCUUCUUGCAGCAGUCAACUCCUGUGCAGACAACAUACCGUGAACGCCAUAAGCGACUCAAGCAGCAGGAAUAUGAGAGAAAUCAAUUGAUCGAUGAUUUGCUCAUGCAAUUGGAAAACACCCAGAGCGAACUACGCCAGGUCAAACUCGCAAGAAAUAAUCAAGCACUGCAAGAUGCGGAAGACAAAUCAGAGGCUCUUGAAGAGCAACUCCAAGUUCAGAAGGCCAUCAUGGAUCGUCAUGCCUUUGUCACGGCUCUGAUUGACGGCGACGGAACCAUCUUCUCCAGCGAACUCAUUAACGACGGCGAACGAGGCGGCAAAGAGGCAGCUGAUCAACUGCAUGCAUCCAUUUUGGACUAUGCGUCUACCAAUUUGUCCCACCUCGAUUCGUACAAGAUAAAAGUCAAGAUCUUCGCCAACACAUCCAGCCUUGCAGAAACGCUCGUCAAGUGCAAGGAAAUCAGUCGCCUGGAUCUGUUCGGCGACUUCCUCCGGGGCUUUAACAGUCAACAACCGUUGUUCGAUCUGGUCGAUGUUGGCCCGAAAGAAGGCGCCGCUGCAGACAAACUCGAUGUGAAUUUGCGCGACUGCUUUGAUGACUGCCACUGUCAAGCAGUUAUCUUGGCCUGUUCGCACAACGACAGUUAUGCAAAGCUGGUCGAGGACGUGUCACACGAGUCUGACCGUCUCAUCUUGCUGGAAGCUGUACCAUUCAGCAAAGGUAUGGCAGCCUUGCAGCCAAACUUCAGAAGCGUCAAAUUCGAAGGUCUUUUCCGCUCAACCAAAUUGGUACCACCAGCAGUCCCGACCAAUGUGAUACUCCCAGUCCUUGCGAAAGUCGAGUCGAACAGAACGAGUGGCAAUAACUCCGCCGCAAGCACACCUUCGAUGAACUGGGCCACUGUUACUGCCAAGGCCGCAGCUCCAGUGCCUACCAUCACUCCAAACAUUCCAGCACCACCCACCACGAUCGCGAAACCUGUUCAGACCCAACGCAAGCCCAGCGAGAACAAGACGUCGACCAAGAGUAUCUUCACCAACAGACUGGGUCAGCGAAUUGACAAGACUGACGACACGAUUCCGAAUUAUGAAAUCCAGCGUGUCAAAAAGAUCAAGUUGUGCAAUGCAUACUACCUUCAAGACCAAAAUUGCACUUCGAGCCACUGCACGCAUCGUCACGACUAUCCCAUCUCGAAUUCCGAGCGAAAGACUCUGCGAGAGAUCCGGAAUGCAUCUAUGGCCAUCGCUGCCCACAAAGCAAACCUGGAGAGGCAGGCUGCUAUUAUGGCAAUGACUGUCGAUUUCAUGGAUGGGGUCAUGGCAUUGACACGAGAAUCUGACUCGAACAGAAAGCUAUCCAAACAAUACGACAAAGCACUCCUCAUGCUCAAUGACAAAGCCACUAGCUUCACCUCCAGCAGCAUGCUCUCCGGCGAAGCCAUAAAUGCCCUCGAAAGGCUCGGUCGAGAUCGAGUUGCGCCCUGCAUCUCGCACGAUACCUUGGUACUUGCAAGCCCGUCAUAUCUAACGAUACCCUCCGUAUACGCAAAGAUGGUCCUGAAACCGACGCCGCCCCCAACGCGAGCUUCUCCUCUUGAGGACGCUCAGCGAGAUACCCAUUAUGAGCUCGUCUCUCGCGCAGGCGGCAGUGUCUACUCACCGCAGCAACAACAUCAGCGCUAUCAAGAGGCAGCAGCUCCCAGCUAUGCUCCGUCACAACACACGAGAGCCCGCCCCAACCGCAGCGGCAGCGCCUAUCCACCACAGCAACACCACUACGACCACCUACAACAACCGCAACGUCAUGUAACUCAGCGCACAACCAUGUCUCGCGCAGAAGCCAACGCCGGCCAACUUGCCGACGUGGUGAAGCGAGUCAACUUCAACGACGCCGAUCCUCCUGCCAACCAUGGCGGUGCCACUCACCAUGGCGACAGUCGAGCUCUCGUGCCCUAUGAUCAGGCUCAGCAGCCUCGAAGUACACGACGUGGCUCCGUUGUUGCUCACAAUGGUGCUCAACUCAAGACAUACGCCACGCCAAGCUACCACCCCAGCCGAGCCGGCGCUCUCGUUGCGCAGCCAGAUCAACACGCCUCAGUCCGCACCCGCCCAGCCCGACGCGCCUCCUACGUCGACCCUCCACACAAUCUAGCAGCACUUCGCUCCGCCGACACCCGCCUGCCCGUCAACGUCCCCCAACACGACCGCGGGUGGAAGUGCCGGCAGAUGCAGCGGGAGCAUGAAGACUGGAUUGCACGUGGGAAGGACUACGAGCAUCCGUACGUGAGUGGGUUGAAGGAGCGGAUCUUGUUGAAUAAUAUCAAGGAGGAGAAGAAGCGGAAGGAGAAACAGAGGGAGGAGGACAUUGAACGUGGUCGUCGGGAGAGGGAGCGCGAGGAGCGCGGCCACCGUCGUAAGCACUGUCGUAGGGGCAGCGUGAUCGAGGAGUGGACUGUGUUUAAGUUCCAUGGCUAA